AUGGUGGACAUUACAGAUGAGACUUUUACAGCUGUCACCCAAACUUCAGAACCACUAGUAUAUCAGCUCGAAUCUAACAUGGAAAUGGAGAUGGAAGUUAUUUUAAUUCACAUGUGUGACAUGGUGAAAUUUGAAGGUGACCUAAAGCAGAGUGCUGGGUUGCGGAGAGAUUAA